UCUGGUUCAAGUUGCCCGGGCGGGAAUUCGUCUGUACAGAAGAACACUGCCAAGCAUCAAACAUGUUCCUCAAAGCCGCCCUCUCCACUGUCUUAAUAGCCGGCUUGGCGCAAGCCUCGCCCGUGCCCGUCGAGCGCCGGGAACUCGGAGGUAUUCUCAUCUGCAACGAGCCAAACGCGCAAGGCCACUGCGAGUAUGGCGUGUACAAGCUCGAGACGUGCUACAACCUGCCGCCAGCGCUGAUCCACAACGCGGCCACCUUCGCCCCCGACGGGGAGGCCUUCUUCUGCUACCCUUACCUCAUGGAGUGCGGCGGCAUCUGCACGUCGCCCGAGGGCUGCACCCUGGGCGCCGUGUCGUUCAACUAUGAGCACAAGUUCAACUUGACGGCGACGGGCUGGAACAAGUAUAUCACGUCGUUCGACUGCCACAGCAACAAGACGACCACGCCCGAGACCUGGAGGAGGUGACGCCUUACCUGAAACCUUGUUCCGCCCGUUCGGCAUUGGCAUCGGUGUUCGGAGUUGGCCAGGGGGGGUUCAGCGGUCGCCCCAGCGAUGACGGCAUGGCGCUGUGGGCCCAUCUUCUUAUCCUCCCUCUACCCCGCCGUCGGCAGUCAAUACUGCGUAAAAGGUGGGGUUGCAGCCGCCCUCUUCGACGACGGCAGUCAAUUGGGAUGUGGGCGGGGUAGCUCAGGCAAGCGGGAUGGAGUUGGCAGCUCAAGGAAUGUCUUGCAGG